AAUAAACAAAGACCGAAAGCGGGCGAUUGAUCAUUAAGCUGCCAUAAACUUAACUUAAAAUACUUUUGAAGACAUUUUUAGGUACUACAAACCCCCAGCAUCUGAAGAAAGACGUCUCUACAGCCAUGGAAAACGCAUUGUUGAUGCGAGUGAGUGUUUUUUCCGAUCAGGGAGGCAGAAAAUACAUGGAGGAUGUUACCGAGGUAGUAAUGGAGCCUGAGCCGGGGGAAGACGAGCUGAACUCGGACGAACAAGAUGAGACCAAAGGGAAUAGCUCGACGGCCGACAUUGUGCCGGAAAAGCCUGAAAACGAGCAGCAAGAUCGGACUGCACUCAACGCACUGAACGAUCCUCUAUCUGCCUCUGCAUCCACUACAGUUACAUGGACACAAAAUGUACAAAAUGGGAACCAACGUUUUGCAGCUGCUGCACUGGCAGGAUCGAAAGUGGAGAGUACUCCGGCUGCGACCAAGAGCGAUAACCACCCCCAGCGCUCAGUGGCUUUCUUCGCGGUGUUUGAUGGCCACGGAGGCCGCGAAGCAGCGCAAUUCGCAAGGGACUAUUUGUGGGAAUUCAUCAAGAAACAGCGGGGCUUUUGGUCCAAGGAUGACGAGGAAGUGUGUGCAGCUAUUCGGAAAGGUUUCGUUGCCUGCCACCAUGCCAUGUGGAAAAAGCUACCCGAAUGGCCCAAGACUUUCACAGGGUUACCCAGCACCUCAGGCACCACGGCCAGUGUAGUGGUCAUCCGGGGGGACCGAAUGUACGUGGCUCACGUAGGAGACUCUGCCAUAGUGCUGGGGGUCCAGGAUGACCCCACAGACCAGUUCAUCAGGGCCGUGGAGGUUACACAGGACCACAAACCUGAGCUGCCUAAGGAGAGAGAACGCAUCGAAGGGCUGGGGGGCAGUGUGAUAAAGAAGUCUGGUGUGAACCGGGUGGUGUGGAAGAGACCCAGGCUGACUCAUAACGGGCCCGUCCGGAGGAGCACUGUCAUCGACCAGAUACCGUUCCUGGCUGUGGCCAGAGCUCUAGGGGACCUGUGGAGCUAUGACUUCUACAGCGGAGAGUUUGUAGUGUCCCCGGAGCCAGACACCUGUGUUCUGACCCUUGACCCCAAUAAACACCGUUACAUCAUCCUGGGUAGUGACGGGCUGUGGAACAUGGUGCCCCCCCAGGACGCCGUCUCCAUGUGCCAGGACAACGAUGAGGCCAUGGCGCCGUGCGGGGUGUCCAGCGCUCGCCAGCUGGUGAGCCACGCCCUCCUGCGGUGGCGCCAGAGGAUGCUGCGUGCGGACAACACGUCGGCCAUCGUGAUCGCCCUGCAGGAGCCGGGUGUCCCUCAGGAACCCCUCCACCAUGAGGAGGUGCUGCUGAACCUGGCCGAGGGACAACACUGUGGCCCUGCAUCGGACUCCCGCUCCAACACACCACUCAUCAAGGUUCCAGACAUGGACAUGUCGUCUGCUGUGUGUGAGCUCCUCCCGACCCUGGAGAGACGAAACGGCCUAUCAGGGAGCAGCCUGUACGCCUUGGCCCUAUCAGAUCCCUUCGGCCCGCCCCUCUCUGACUCGGAUGACGACUCCCGCACCAGGUUUCCCUUGAUGACCGACAGCCCCGCCCCGGGGGAGAAGCUUAGUGAUGUCAAUGCCAGGACGCCCGGCGGCAAACGGACGCUGGCUGAGACGUCGCCCAACCCCGUCCCGUCCGCCAAGAGGAGCCGGAGGAAGAAUGGCGAGACAACACCGGUGGGAGCGGCGGCGGGGGUGGCGGGGGCAAAAGACGGUGGAGGAAAGGACCAGAAACAGUCUGCGACUCCGCCCCCUGCGCUACUCCAACAGCAACACGGCAAGACCACCGUGUGUGUGUGCUGAGAGACACACACACAUUCUCUCUCUCUCACACACACACACACACACACACACACACACACACACACACACACACACACACACACACACACACACACACUCUGCAGACGGAUGGACCCUCCUCACCAUACAUACAAACAGGGAUACAAGACAGACAGUAACAUUCUGCUGCUUCGCCGAACUUUUUACAAAUGACUGAGAGACCGGUCGCUCCCGACAGAGAGACCGGUCGCUCCCGACAGAGAGACCGGUCGCUCCCGACAGAGAGACCGGUCGCUCCCGACAGAGAGACCGGUCGCUCCCGACAGAGAGACCGGUCGCUCCCGACAGAGAGACCGGUCGCUCCCGACAGAGAGACCGGUCGCUCCCGACAGAGAGACCGGUCGCUCCCGACAGAGAGACCGGUCGCUCCCGACAGAGAGACCGGUCGCUCCCGACAGAGAGACCGGUCGCUCCCGACAGAGAGACCGGUCGCUCCCGACAGAGAGACCGGUCGCUCCCGACAGAGAGACCGGUCACUUUCAGUGAGGUCACUACAAUGAGGUCAUCAUACCAUUUGUCCAUGUCAGUCCAGUGUGGGCAUUUAGUUCACUUGUCUCUGUUAUCUUUUGUCUUACUCUGUUCCCCCGGAUGGUGGAGAAUGAUUUUUAAGUGGUGGUCUGUCAUUUUAAAUAAUUUUUUAACACCUGUAAGUAACUCUGUGAUGCAAACGAAGGGUAACAUUUUCUGGCUGCAAAACGGCUCUUGCAACACGUACAAAGUGUUGGGGUCCAAAACAUUUGGGGUCCAGGAGCAUUUCCAAACAGAGAUUGGACUUCCACGUCUGGUGAUUGCAUCACAUGAAACACAUUUCCCCAGUCUUUAAGUCCACAUAAAGUUACAGGAUACUGUAUCUCUCUCACUUUGAUGUGAAGGAUUGAUUUUGUUCAGUGCUGUUUUGUGGACAGAAAAUCAUCCCAAAGUAUGAAUUUAUCCAAUCUGUAAAUAUAAUCUUGACGUGGGUUCAUUGAUAAGUACAUGUGUUACUUACUUUAAGUAAAGCAAUAUAUUUUUUAUACAUUGUUUUAUUUUACUAUUGUAGAAGCUAUAGAAGAGAAUAGCCUACCAUUUUGGAUUAGUUUCCACCAUCUCCUAAAUUCACCCUUUGACCUAGUUAUCUCUAUUCUCUUGAUAUUUGUCAUCAUCUUGAUAUUCUCUCACAGCAUUCAAUCCCUCUAUCCUUCAUGACUUACUAUUCUGAUCCUGGUUUUUACAUGUCAUUUAAAUGUGUUGUGUUUUCUAUUGUGUGGUUUUUUUAACUGACAUUUUAAUGAGAUCAAUUGAACAUUCAUCCCAAACUGAAGGUGCUGUUACGUUAAACCAGUAACCGAAAUGAACUUUACUGAACAAAAAUAUAAACGCAACAUGCAACAAUUUCAAAGAUUUUACUGAGUUACUGUUUUAUAUGAGGAAAUCAGUCCAUUGACAUAAAUAAAUUAGGCCCUUAUCUAUGGAUUACAUAUGACUGGGAAUACAGAUAUGCAUCUGGUUACAGAUACCUUAAAAUAAAAUGGGCCUCCGGAUCUCGUCACUGUAUUUCUGUGCAUUCAAAUCGCCAUCGAUUAAAUUGCAAUGGUUCGUUGUCCGUAGCUUAUGCCUGCCCAAUACCAUAACCCCACUGGCACCAUGGGGCACUCUGUUCACAACGUUGAUAUCUGAAAACCGC